AACAGUUUCUCUUGAUUUUACUUCUCACGCACUUAACUGUACAGUAGCGGCUCAAGCUAUGAAAACAAGAAUUUUAAAUGCAAAAAUUGCAUGUCUUGACAUGAAUCUUCAAAAGGCAAGAAUGCACCUUGGGGUUCAUAUUACUGUUGAUGAUCCAGAUAAAUUGGAAGACAUCCGUAAACGUGAGGCCACCAUAACAACUGAACGAGUGCAAAAAAUUCUCGCAACCGGUGCAAAUGUUAUUUUAACAACAAAGGGAAUAGAUGACCUUUGCUUAAAACUUUUUGUGGAUGCUGGCGCUAUGGCAGUUCGUAGAUGUAAACAAGAUGACCUCAGAAGAAUUGCUAAAGCUACUGGAGCUACGCUUGUUUCCACGCUUGCAAAUCUCGAAGGAGAAGAAACAUUCGAAACAUCUUAUCUUGGUUCAGCAGAUGAAGUCGUACAAGAGAGAAUUUCCGAUGAUGAAUGUAUUUUGAUUAAGGGCACUAAAGCUCAAAGUUCAGCUUCAAUCAUAUUACGUGGAGCUAAUGACUACAUGUUGGAUGAAAUGGAAAGAUCUUUGCAUGACUCAUUGUCGGCUGUCAAAAGGACUUUGGAAAGUGGUAGUGUAGUACCAGGCGGUGGUGCAGUAGAGUCUGCGUUGAGCAUCUAUUUAGAAAAUUUUGCGACAACACUGGGAUCACGUGAACAACUUGCCAUUGCAGAAUUUGCCAAUGCACUCCUUGCUAUUCCAAAAACUUUAGCUGUUAAUGCAGCAAAGGAUUCAAUCGAUUUAGUCGCGAAAUUGAGAGCAUAUCAUAAUGCAUCACAAAAUGCACUGCCGGAUGAUCCAAAGAAAAACCUUAAAUAUUAUGGUCUUGAGCUCUUUAAAGGAGAAGUUAGAGACAAUUUACGAGCCGGUGUUUUAGAACCCUCCAUGUCCAAGAUUAAGUCGCUCAAGUCUGCAACCGAAGCAGCCAUUUCAAUUCUCAGAAUUGAUGAUAUGAUCAAAGUUGAACCAGAACAACGUGGAGGAGACGAGGAAGGGCAUUAA